AGAGGGGAGGAGGAACAUGUCACGCUCUGAGGCCAUUCGCCCAGCAGAGGAAAACUUGUGGAAAGUUAACGUGGAGUGAUUCGUCUCCGGGUGGACACAUCUCAGGCUGUGGGUGUGGACCUUCUGGGAAACGUGGACUUCUCUCUCGUGUGUGAAGGACGAGGCGACACUUGCGGGUCGUGUAUUUUACCCGGGACUGUUGUUAUAAUUCGAGGAAACAAUUAACAACCGCAAACUCUUGUUCACGUGACCUUUUUUCUUCUUCUUGGCGUUGUCCCCACAAUGGUCCAUAAAUACGACACGGAGCGAGCGGUGGGGCUGCUCACGCGCUACCAGGCCAACCUGACCAGUCCAGGGGAGCAGACCCUGAAGACCAGCGUGGGCAAAGUCUCCUCCAUCUUGGGCAGUCAGCUGUUCCACGCCCUUCUCGAUAUUCAAGAGUGUUACGAGGUGACCUUGCAACUGAACACGGAAAAAACUGCUGUGAAAGAAGACGGCGGGAGAGAUGCGUUGGAGGACCAGGAGGAAAUGGACGGCGUUUCCCGGGUGCAGGUGACCAGCAGGACGAGCCCUCCCCGAGUGGAGCGAGUUUCGGGCUUGGUGACUCUGUCCCACGUCGAAGUGCCAAAGGCCAACCCUCCCCCCAUCAUCGUCAACGCAGACUCAAUAGAUGCGGGCCCUUAUGUAAAUGGCAGUGAUGGGAUGUACAAAUAUGAAGAGAUCAUUUUGGAGCGGGGGAACUCUGGCCUGGGCUUCAGCAUUGCUGGUGGAAUAGACAAUCCCCACAUUCCAGAUGACCCGGGGAUCUUCAUCACCAAGAUAAUUCCUGGUGGAGCGGCCGCUAUGGACGGAAGGCUCGGCGUGAACGACUGCGUGCUGCGGGUGAACGAAGUGGACGUGUCCGAGGUGGUCCACAGUCGGGCGGUGGAGGCCCUGAAGGAGGCGGGGCCAGUGGUGCGGCUGCUGGUCCGACGGAGGCAGGCGCCACCCGAGACGAUUCUGGAGGUCAACCUGCUGAAAGGGCCCAAAGGCCUUGGAUUCAGCAUUGCUGGAGGGAUCGGCAACCAACACAUCCCGGGAGACAACAGCAUCUAUAUUACCAAGAUCAUAGACGGAGGAGCGGCCCAAAAAGAUGGACGGCUGCAGACCGGAGACCGCCUGCUCGCUGUGAACAACAUCGUGCUGCAGGACGUGCGUCACGAGGAGGCGGUGGCGGCGCUGAAGAACACCUCUGAUAUGGUUUACCUCAAGGUGGCCAAGCCGGGACCUGUGCACCUCAAUGACAUGUACGCCCCCCCGGACUACUCCAGCAGCCUGGCCCUCCCUCCAGCCUUUCCCACCAUGGUGGACAACCAUGUCGGCCAUAACUACAUGGGGGCGAUGGAGCCCAAGCCAGUGUACCCGCCGCCCCAGGUCACCCCGUCCAGGUACUCGCCAGUUCCCCGUCACAUGCUGGGGGAGGAAGACUUCACAAGCAGGGCUGAGCCUAUUUACAGUGUCAUCCACAAACCUGGGGACAUCAAGGUGCCCCAGGCCCUCUACAGAGGCUUCUGUCCUUCCCCUGCUCCCUUGUGCCAUGGUCCGCUCCCCUUCUCUGGCAGGGAGCCGAGGAAGGUGUUGCUGCACAAGGGCUCCACAGGCCUGGGCUUCAACAUCGUCGGUGGGGAGGAUGGAGAGGGCAUCUUCGUCUCCUUCAUCCUGGCAGGAGGUCCGGCUGACCUGAGCGGCGAGCUGAGGAGGGGCGACCGGAUCCUCUCGGUGAAUGGAGUGAAUUUGAGGAAUGCCACACAUGAGCAGGCGGCUGCAGCAUUGAAGAGAGCUGGACAGACUGUCACCAUCAUAGCUCAGUACAGGCCUGAAGAGUACAGUCGCUUUGAGUCAAAGAUCCACGACCUGCGGGAGCAGAUGAUGAACAGCAGCAUGAGCUCAGGAUCAGGCUCCCUGCGCACCAGUGAGAAACGCUCCCUCUAUGUCAGAGCUUUGUUUGACUAUGAUCGAACGAGGGACAGCUGCCUGCCAAGCCAAGGCCUGAGCUUCUCCUACGGGGACAUCCUCCAUGUCAUAAACGCCUCUGACGACGAGUGGUGGCAGGCGCGUCUGGUCACACCGCACGGAGAGAGCGAGCAGAUUGGGGUCAUCCCGAGCAAGAAAAGAGUGGAGAAGAAAGAGCGGGCCAGGUUAAAAACAGUCAAGUUUCACGCCAGGACAGGCAUGAUUGAGUCCAACAGAACAGUCAAGGUUAAGCGCAAAAAAAGCUUCAACCUCUCACGCAAGUUCCCGUUUUACAAGAGCAAGGAGAAUAUUGUGCAGGAGUUGGGGGAAUCCGAACAAUGCCUGACAUCCAACACGAGUGACAGUGAAAGCAGUUCGAAGGGACAAGAGGACACAAUUCUAUCCUAUGAGCCGGUUAUUCGACAGGAAAUCCACUACACGAGGCCUGUGAUCAUACUGGGCCCAAUGAAGGACAGAGUAAACGAUGACCUCAUCUCCGAGUUUCCCCAUAAGUUCGGCUCCUGCGUACCUCAUACGACUCGUCCGAGGCGAGAGAACGAGAUGGACGGCCAGGACUACCACUUCGUGGGCUCGCGAGAGCAGAUGGAGAAGGACAUUCAGGACAACAAGUUCAUCGAGGCGGGGCAGUUCAACGAGAACCUCUACGGGACGAGCAUCUUGUCCGUCAGAACUGUGGCCGAGCGGCAGGGGAAGCACUGCAUUCUGGACGUGUCGGGGAACGCCAUUAAACGACUGCAGCAAGCACAACUUUAUCCGAUCGCCAUCUUUAUUAAACCAAAAUCCAUUGAAGCCCUAAUGGAAAUGAACAAGAGGCAGACGUACGAGCAGGCCAAUAAAGUCUUUGACAAGGCGGUGAAGCUGGAGCAAGACUUUGGAGAGUAUUUCACAGCUAUUGUACAGGGUGACUCACUAGAGGAGAUCUACAACAAAAUCAAGCUAAUCAUCGAGGAGCAGUCUGGCCCCUACAUCUGGAUCCCCUCCUCAGAGAAGCUUUGAGCUCCCUGCCGUCCCCUCUGCAUCGGCGCAGAGCUUCCCCUCCUGCCUCCCAGAGACCCCACCUAAGCCCAAAUAGCCUCCCCUCGUCCCCUUGCCCCCUCCCCUGCCUCCUCCUCCUCACUUCCUUUUUGCAGAUAUGUUUCAUAUCAAGUUUUAGUGUCAUCAUUAUGUUACUCUCUAAAUGAAAAAGAAGUCUUCUCACCAUUACUGUGACUGUGCACACCCCCUGCAUGAGUUUCUCAACAAAUCCAUUCAAGACUGGAAAUGCCAUUCCAAAGGAAUUUGUCAAACGAAAAGGGAAAGUGAAGAACUGUGACUGCCUGAAGAUCAGAAUGUUACAGGAAUCUGGAAAGACAAGUUGGGCUUCAAAAAAAGAAGUAGCAGGGAAACGGAGACAAAUCGUACCAAGUUGGGACACUUUGUAAAUGUUCAUCAAAAUCACAUUUAAAAAAGACGUGCCAGAUGAGAAGUGAAGACCAAUUAAGGUUUGUUUUUUCUUUUUCUAUAACGACUGGAUAAAAUCGAGCCCUGCUGAUGGUAUUGUUCGAGGAGGUUGUCUCUCUUGUUUAUAAAGACUGAGGAAAUUAGUGGGGCCUACAAACUGGCGAUCUAUUUAUCACGAACCAGCUUGCUGUUUGGUCGUCUGCCAGUUGUCUGUGCUGCAGCUGAUAAAAGACAUCUCGGGAGGCAGAUCAAGAGGAAAAACCGCGUUGUGAAUCUCUGCAUUUAUAUUAUGAAAUCACAAGAUAAAUGAUAAAAUCCCACAUAUUAAAAACUACACAUUUUACACUUCACUAGAAUUGUCAAUUUGGAGGGCUGUUAGAUUUUUUUCUUUUUUUUUCUUCUUUCUUUGUGGGAUUAUUUGCUUGUGGUUUUUAGCUGCUCUGUGUAAAGGAUGGAGGUAGAGAUGUGUAACUGGGCUCUCUGCAAAACACCAAACUGCCUUACAUCAAAUACAAAUUCUGUUUUGUGGCUACCUGUUGUCUGUGAGGGAGGCUGCUCACCAUCCACCCUGAAAAGAGAGGAAAACAUCUUUUCUUACUUUUACUUCUGUGUCCUCCAACUGCCAGGAGGCCCGACUCAAGUGCAAUAGUUGAAACAAAGUCUCACCUCUGCAAUAGAUGAAAUAAAAUCUCACCUGUGGGCGCCUUUUUUUUUUUUUUUCUUCCUCCCCAGUACCUUCCUUCCUAUUUAAUGAUUUUUAAUUGGCCAUUGGAUUAGAAUUUGGACAGCCAGAGCCUCCUAACUCAUGUUGAGCAGCAGACCACCCGAUUACACUCUCUGCCUUCCUAGAGGAUUCUCUCUUCUGAUUGAAUGGUCACAUGGUACUGUCCUAUCUGCUGCCAUGACGGCGGCCUUAAAACGGGUAGAGCAAGACAAUAAUUGUAUUGGAUGUCCUAACAAUUAAAGAGUAAAUUGAACCUGUUUUGGAUUGUUCCCCCUGUCCCCCCCCCCUACCAAAAAUAUCACUAAAGUUGGGUUUGAUUAAAAAAAAAAAAACCUACAUGCUUUGUGCAUCUAUACACGUAUGAAUUCUUAAUGCACCCGUUGCUGAUGAACCACUGUGUUGAGCUCUCGGUGGGUCCGGGGGUGGAUGCGGUUUGACGUGCAGAUCAAAAUGACGGAGCGCAUGGUGUAUAAUAUAAAGUGUCAUAAUGUGAAGGAACAAGUACCAGCAGUAGUAGUUAAAGGCGUUCUCGGCUUGGCGGUUUAACCGGGCCCGAGGGAUCGAAACUAGCUGCUCCACCCUCUCAUGCGGAUCUCGGCGCUGUAUGUUUAUGUGUGCAUGUGAGAGAGCACGUCUGAAGAAGGAAUACUGUACCCCCCCCCCCCCCACUUUCCCCCAAGCCGGUGAACGCUCUCGCUUGCCUCAUCAGCUUUUUGACGAGUGCAAAGGAAUUCUUUUCUUUCUUCUUCUUCCCCCUUGGAGAGCCAGACCCGACAGGAAGUGGUAACCUAGACCUCCGGGUCCCCUGCUCUCGCCCACCCACAGAGCACCUGUACCUGCAGGCGUUUUCUGAACAGGUGUGCCCACCUGCCAGGCACCACUGCUAAACCAGCUGUCAUUACCUGUGUCAAAACCAGAGUUCAGGGAAUAACCGAAGGGAACAGAGCCAUUAAUAAACUGCUUGCAGACUGUUUCAUGGGGUGUGGUAGCUGUACAAUGUAAAUAAGGCCCCAGCAGAUCGCCCUCACCUGUGCUUCAUGCAUGUGUGAAUCAAACUGGGACAAACAUGUUUUCUAGACCACAAAUGUCAGGUAAGUAAAGUUUGAGCUACUCUUGAGAUAUAAUUUCCAUACAAAUGUGCUGUAUUGUUGGUAAUUCUCUUCAAAUGCCUAUUGGAAAACUUUUAACUAGUCAGUUGGGAAUUCAAAUUCCCCCAAGUAGGGCCUGUCUACAUGUGAUUUCUUGUGGAACGUGUCUGGGUGUAUAGAUUUAAAAGAAUAUAUAUAUUGUAAAAUAAAUAAUUAAACAGAUGCAGGCAGAAACCUACGCUAUCACAAGGAACCAGGAGCAUUGAUCAAUACAUCAGUAGAAGUUUAGAAUCGGUCCUCUGGUGUUUAGUUGGAGUACAGCUGACUGUUAACGAUGUGUGUGGUACUCAUACCUCAGUCAGCCAUAUCAAAGCCCAAAGAACUUGAUUUCAUUUUACUCUUUCCAUUGAGGUUGUGGUAUAUGACGAGAUGGAACCUGAAUGCCUCUGUGUGUGUAUAAUUGGUGAGGGUCGUUGUUCUGAUGAGAGAAAUUACAUAUGCUUUUAUUUUUUGGGUGGGGGGGGGGGGGGGGUCAGGGUUCUUGUUUGUACUUUUGGGUGAUGUUUCUGUUAUAGCACAUCUGUGCAGUAAGUGCUUGCAAACAUGAACCCUUUGAUUGUACAGUAGUUUCCUUCCUGUCACAGCAGGUGGUACAGCCUAUCGGGACACUCGGCCUCAUGGUCUUCCUUGUCCCCGUCAUGAGGGAACACAGUCCUGCUACUUUUGUUUGGGUUUUAUUUUGGGACUUGACAAAAGUUUAUUUGUUUGAAAAUAAAAUAUGUGACUCAGUUA